AUGGCUCAUAGGGCUUUAUUCCAGGUCAUUUUCACAGGCGCUCAGGUGUUUGGCAGAGCAUUCUCUGAAGCUUACAAACAAGCUGCAGUCCAAGCUACCAAGACUGGAGCCAACGCCGCCAGAGCGGGGGCUGCCAAAGCUGAAUACGGCGGAAUCACGCUUGAUGAAAGUUGCAAAAUUUUGAAUAUUGAGAAUGAAGCUGAUAUGGCAAGCCCCGAGAAGAUCGAGGAGCGCUUCAAGUACCUAUUCGAUGUCAACGACAAGGAGAAAGGCGGCAGCUUCUAUUUGCAAAGCAAGAUUUACAGGGCGGCUGAGAGGCUGAAAUACGAGCUCGCGGAAAAACAGCAAGUCGACAAAGCGGCGGAAGGGCAGAAGGGGCCCGAAAAGCCGCCGUCUGCGGAACAGUGA